AUGGAAAGCACAGAUUCCGCCGAUUCAGUUGAUAAUCAAGUGAAAACUCUUCUCAACGAACUUCUUGAUCGGGCUCAAUUUAUAAAUAGCCUUUCUGAAAAUAUAUCAGUUAAACUCGAACCACGUCAUCAUAAGAAACUGCCACGUCAGUCAAAGCAGAAGAAACGUCGGAUUUUUUCAAGUUCCGAAGAUGAUAGUUCAUCGUCGUCCGAUGAAUCAUGUCUAUCUGAUGACAAAAAUACAUUAAUUAACCAAGAUUCCGAUUCCGAUACGGAUGAGCAAAAAGCACUUCGUAAUCGUCAAGGUGUACGUACGCGCAACGAACUUUCCGUCGAAGAUCUCCCACCUAUUGAAAAUCUAACUAUCACACUUAGCGAAGAAACACCUAUUGAGCGCAUAGGAUACAUUCGUCAUAUCAUCGAUGGCAAAUUAGUUAUUAUCGAAUCAUUGUUACAUUCACCGGCAUUAAAUGACGACAGUGUACUCUUCAAUCGUGAUCGUCGAUCCAUCGGGCUAGUAUUUGAAACAUUCGGACCAGUUGAAAAGCCUUGCUAUUCUAUUCGUUAUAACGAUAUUGAUAGCAUUCAUCAACGUCAGAUUGAAUUAAAUCAAGAAGUAUUCUAUGCGCCCAAAGAAACAACUUACACUAAAUAUGUGUUCGUUCAAGAAUUAAGAGCAUUAAAAGGUUCUGACGCGUCAUGGGAAGAUGAUAAUGAACCACCCAAAUUUGCCUUGGAUUAUAGUGACGAUGAACAAGAACGUAUUGCCAAAGCUGUGUUAAAAGGAAAGAGAAGUCUCGAUGAUAAUACCGAUGAAUCAAUUGCAGAUGUUGUAUCACCCCCACUGACAACAACAAUUAAUCAUCCUAAUGUAUUUUCACCGAAUUUCUCCAAUUUGCAACGCGGCCGAGGACGAGGUCAACAGCGAGGCUUUCGUCGUGGCGGUAAUAAUGCUGACAACCGACCUGCGCCUAACAUACCAAACUGGUUUCAAAAUACUUCGAAUGCGAGUUCCUUCCAGUCACGUCCUGCGGCACUACCACAAGCAUUUUGGCAAAAUAGCACAAGUGCAGCAUCAAAUUCGAAUCCAUUUACAUUCUCUAAUGUAAUCAGUUCUAAUUCUAAUAAUGCAAAUGAUCAAUCAACACAGCAAUCAUCAUUUCAGGGAAAUUUUUCUACUCAUAGUGCUUUUCCAUGGAUGUAA